AUUUGAUUACAUUAAUUAAUCUGGGCUUAAAAGAAUAAGGUGAAAAAUGACAAAUUACUCCUCAGAUUCAGAUGACUAUACACCUACAUCUAAGAGAUUUUUUGGACCUGAAAGGCCAUUUCAUGCCAUUCUUGGAGGAGGAAAAGCUGCAGACAUACUGUUAUGGAGAAACCCAAAAUUAUCAGCUGCAAUUGUAAUGGGAUGCACAGCCAUUUGGUCCUUAUUCCAAGUUGGGGAAUACAAUUUUGUCACACUUAUCUCUCAUAUUUCAAUAACUACUAUGCUCAUUUUAUUCUUAUGGUCUUCUGGAGCUGCCCUCAUUCACCGGAAUCCACCUGAUCUUACAGAAUCAAUCACAAUCUCAGAAUCCACAGUUCAUUGGCUGUUUGCAGAAAUCAAUAAACUGUUGUUCAAGUUCUAUCACAUUUCAUCAGGGAAAGAUUUGAAGACAUUCUUCCUGGCAAUAGCUUUCCUGUGGAUACUGUCAGUGAUUGGAAACUACUUUACCUCACUCAACAUGUUAUACAUUGGAUUUGUUGGGUUGAUGAGUAUACCGGCCUUAUACGAACGGUAUGAGGAGGAGGUGAAUUACCUUGCCAACAAAUGGAACCGUGAUGUUAAGAGAUUGUACAGAAAAAUCGAAAAUAAUUUCCUUAACAAGAUUCCAAGAGGCUAAACUAAGCAAAACAAGAAAUUCUGAGUGAUAAUACUCAGGUCGAUCGAGUGUUUAUAAUAUCAAUAGCUCACUAGGAGUGGUAUCAUUUGAAUAACGUAUUGGUUGUCAACUAUUCGCGUAAAUUUUAAUUUUUUAUUUCAACCUUUAAUAAAUGGAAAAUGUUGAUUACAGUGAUUGGAAAAUUUUAGUUCGUGUUGCUUUCUUGUGGACUCUGUUUCUUGUACUUUUUCUUCUUAGCUAGCCUUGUCGGUUGUGUAGGGAAUUACUUGUUAUUCCUUUGUUUUCCUUGUUUAUAAUCAGUUGGUUAUCCGAACUCUGUACAUUUCGG